AUGACAGACUUAUCUGCGUUUAACGUCACUCACUUCCCCAGCGGGAAGCAAAACGUCGCCAUCAUCAACGGCUUCUCUGCGCUUGCCAGUGACCCAGGAAGAUCUGCGUAUGCGCAGGAUAUAAACGAGUCAAACAACAUCACGAACUCACAGAACGUUACGGGCUUUACCGCAGCCUUACAACUUCUUUACCCAGCGGACUCCGUUAACCCUUCCAGCAAAUCUCCAGGUGGGGCCGAGUUUUAUGCGACGCCAUUGAACCUGAGCGAUGCCAAGAAUGUCACAAUGGAAUAUAGCGUCUUCUUUCCCUUGGAUUUCGACUGGGUGAAAGGCGGAAAACUGCCUGGCUUAUACGGUGGCCAUACAGGCUGUUCCGGGGGUGCUGCCGCCGAAGACUGCUUUAGCACACGACUAUGUGGAGGCCGGUACGCUCCGAAAGAAAAGCAAACAAAGGCCUUGUGUUCCAAUCCCCAGUCAGUCUGCGAUUACGAGUAUGGGCUCUCAAUAGGCAGGGGGUCGUUCCACUAUAGCAGAGGCAAUUGGACGAACUUGCGCCAGGACGUCGUGCUCAAUACACCUGGGAAGCAGGAUGGGACGUUCACUUUGUUCGUCGACGGGAAGCAGGCGAUAAACCGGACAGACAUAUUUUAUCUCUUCCACGCCGCCAACUCCACAGCAAACACAAGGUGCACUUUCUUCGGCGGGCACGGAGACGGCUGGGCGACUCCCAAACAACAGUAUACGUGGUUCAAAGACUUCGCCAUGACGCGCAACUCCUGA